UUUGCUUAUUUGCCACCCAAUUGGCAUGCCCCUCUCAAACUACCACUAAUUCGGUAUGCAAUUCAUCAACACCCAGACAACGGCGAAUUGAUUAUUUCUUUGCCAUUUUCUUUUUUUUUUAAUUCGUUUAACCUCAUGUAUCCAUCGGAAUAUGACUGAAUUGCCCUCUUAGCCAGUACAUGGUCCAGUUGAACCUGGUCGCACCCUUUCUCAGCGCCUCUGGUCUUCUUCUUCCUCCUCUCUCAGUGCCUCCCUUCUCUGCUCGCAAGACCGCCGCCGCCCUUAUCGGAACCAGCCGAGGUAGCCGAGCCAUGUCGCAGUCAGCUUGCAGCGUGCGCAGCCGUCGCUCGUUGCCGGAGGUUCCGACCGGGUUGCCGCUGAUACGGUGCCCGACAUGCAAGUUGGCGACGGUGAUAGAGCUCACUGCAAAGAACACACCGAACCGGGGGAGGAAAUUCUUCAAGUGCCCACGCAACCAGCCAUAUAUCCCAAAUGGUUGCAAUUUUUAUGCUUGGUUGGAGGAGUACGAAGAAGUGGUAGCAAAUGGUGGGAUGCUUGUGGAUUCAGCCUGGAGACCCAAUGCCAUUCCUGACCGCACUGAAUCAACGACAGAGAAAUUGGAAGAAGCAUCAAUGAAGAAGGAGGCGGAGAAGAAGGAAGAUGUAGCAUCAGUGAAGGAGAUUGCAAGAUGGGGAAAGGCAAUACUGGUGUUGGGUCUGCUCAAUUCGAUGCUCAUGGUGCUUUUGCUGGUUGCUGUCUUGGUCAAGUAGAGUAGGACAAGUCACUUUGGUGGUUCUGGAUCAAGUAGAGUUGUUGUCUUGGUCAAGUAGAGUAGUACAAGUCUUUGCUCUGUAGUAGUCCACAGCUACUUGGUCCUGUGUAAAAGCUUGAAGCUUCUUGGUCCUGUGUAAUAGCUUGAAGCUAUUUGCUCUGUAAAAGGUUGAAGCUACUUGAUCAUGUUGCCCCUGUGUAGUUUAUAUGAUUUAAUUUGCAUUGUUCAGCU